GCGCCGCCUACCGCCGCCGGCGCGCGCCACUCCGAGCCGAGCGGUCCACCCAGCCGCAGGAAUGGACUUCGACGCGAUCCUCGAGGAUGUGGGCGGCUGGGGCCGCUACCAGAAGCUGGUGGUGUACGGAGUGCUCCUCCCUGCUGUGUUGCCCUGCGGGUUCCAUGCUUAUGCUCAGCUCUUCAUGGCGGCGGAGCUGCCGCACUGGUGCGCGCCGCCACCGCACCUCGACCCACAGGACGCUAGAAACCUUAGCAUCCCCAUGGAGCUACGGAACGGCGUGCUGCAGUACUCGCAGUGCAGCAUGUACGAGCUGAACUCUUCACUCAGCCAGCUUCCAGAACCGGCUGAUCGGCGCGUUGUGCCCUGUACUCACGGCUGGCACUACGACCGGAGUGUCUACAAAAAUACUGUCGUCAGCGAGUGGAAUCUGGUGUGCAGUAAGGACUUUUACCCGACGCUGGGGCUCGUGCUGCUGGCGGUCGGCGGCAUCGUUGGCAACUACAUUUUCGGAUAUCUGCAGGACACGCUGGGGCGCAAGCCGUCGUUUUUCAUCUACCUGCUGAUCGAGUGCGUGUUCGGCGUGGCCACCGCCUUCGCGCAUAACUUCGCGCUGUGGGCAGCCUUCCGCGUCGGCGUGGGGUUCACCGUGCCCGCCAUCAUGGCCACGCCUUACGUGCUGGCGAUCGAGCUGGUGGGCCCGCGGCACCGCACGCUGUGCACCAUCCUGUCCAACAUCGCGUACUCGACGGGGCUCAUCCUGCUGGCCGGCGCGGUGUGGCUGGUGCGCGACUGGCGGCAGCUGGCGCUGGCCACCAGCCUGCCCUUCUUCGCCUUCUUCCUGUACCUGUGGCCGAUGCCCGAGUCGCCGCGCUGGCUGCUGGCCAGGGGACACUUCGACAAGGCCGAGGUCAUACUGCGGAACAUGGCUAGGAUCAACAGGAAGUCAUUGCCGGCCAACUACAUGGUGCACCUGCGGCGGCGGUACGAGUCGGAGAAGCUGCAGCAGGAGCUGCAGCGGGAGAAGUCGCGGCAGUACGGCGUGCGGGACCUGCUCCGCACGCCCAACCUGCGCAAGAAGACCAUCAUCAUAACCUUCAUCUGGUUCACCAAUACCAGCGUGUAUGUCGGGCUGUCGUACUACGCGCCGGUGCUGGGCGGCGACGAGUUCCUGAACUUCUUCCUGGCGGGCGUGGUGGAGCUGCCCACGUACCUGUUCCUGUGGCCCAGCAUGGAGCGCCUGGGCCGCCGCUGGACGCUCUGCGUGAGCAUGGUGGUCGGCGGCGUGGCCUGCCUCACCACGUUCCUGGUGCAGCACGAAGAGUACGUGACGUUGGCACUGUACUGCGUGGGGAAGAUGGGCAUCUCAUCAGCGUUUGUGGUGCUGCCCCUGAUGGCGUCGGAGCUGUACCCCACCGUGGUGCGCGGGCUCGGCAUGAGCCUCAGCUCCGUGCUGGGCAUGCUGGGGCCCAUCUUCAUCCCGCUGGUCAACUACCUGGGUUCGGACAUGCUGGUGCUGCCGCUGGUGACGAUGGGCGCGCUGCUGGUGGCGGGCGGCGCGGCCAGCCUGCUGCUGCCGGAGACGCUGCAGCAGCGCCUGCCGCAGACGCUGGCCGACGGCGAGCGCAUGGGGCUCGACACCGACUUCUGCUGCCGCCCGCCCGUGCGCGAGCGCCGCCAGGGGACAGAGAUGGUCAUACGAGAUACUAGCAAGUUUGGCGUUCAUAAAUAA